AUGAAGUCUGAAUCUGUGACACGCGCGGGCUUCGCGACCUCUAUUACUUUGGCUACAUGUCUAGCAGGCGCAUUGGCUCAAGGGAAUAGUUCAGUUGCUCCGGUCAACCUGACAGUUGCAACGGAGGGUGGUAAUAAGUCGAGUCCGCUUCUAUAUGGAGUUAUGUUCGAGGAAAUGGACCAUUCGGGUGAUGGUGGAAUUCACGGACAAUUGCUGCAGAACAAUGGAUUUCAAGGAACUAGUCUUGGUUUGACUGCCUACGCUCCGGUGGGAGAUACGAUAAUCUCCCAGGAUACCUCAAAGCCUGUUAGUAAAGCAAUUACGUCUUCGCUCAACGUCGCAGUACCGGAUGGCACAACAGACUAUGUAGGCUUCGCCAAUACCGGUUACAACGGAAUUCCAAUAACGGGCGCCACAUACAACAGUUCAUUCUGGAUGAUGGGCAACUACUCGGGAACCAUCAACCUACAACUUGUUGGAUCGCACAGUGGUUCGAUAUAUGCCGAUCACAAUUUGACCGUCAAGAGUACGGAUUCAAAAUUCACCGAGUUCAAAACCAGGUUCAAUACUACUUAUGCACCAGAAGGAGAUAACGAGUGGCAUUUGACAUUCGAUGGUUCGAAAGUUGCCGGUAGCUCGUUGAACUUUGGCUUAAUCCAGUUGUUUCCUCCCACUUUCAAAGGAAGAGAAAACGGGUUGCGAGAUAGCCUGGCAGUGUUUCUGGACGAGGUCAAUCCAGCGUUUCUUCGGUUCCCGGGCGGGAACAACCUCGAAGGUUUGGAGGUUGACAAUCGCUGGAAGUGGAACACCACGAUUGGACCCGUGGUCGACCGUCCAGGAAGAGAAAGUGACUGGUUUUAUCCUAAUACAGAUGCUCUCGGCUUGGACGAGUAUCUAUGGUGGUGUGAAGACAUGAACAUGGCGCCACUCCUGGCCGUGUGGUCAGGCAAGUCUUAUGGAGACAUUCUGUCUGGGCCGGACCUCGAACCUUUCGUUGACGAUAUCAUGAAUGAGAUGGAAUAUCUCUUUGGCAACUCUUCGACACAUUAUGGCAAAAUGCGAGCCCAGAAUGGUCGGAAAGAUCCAUGGAAGGUGGACCUUAUUGAAAUUGGCAACGAAGACGAUCUCACCGGUGGUUGCGACACAUAUCCGGAUCGUUUCAAUCAAAUCUAUACGGCCAUCCAUGACAAGUAUCCGAACAUCACAUUUAUUGCUUCUCAUGGGAACUAUUCGUGUCUGCCCUCUUCGCUUCCUAAAGAUGUCAUCAUUGACCUGCAUCUGUACCGAGCACCGGACGACUUUGUCAAAUUGUUCGACCAGUUUGAUAACCAGCCACGGAACCAACCAGUGAUGAUUGGUGAGUUCGGAUGUCGCAAUACGACAGAAGAGACAGGAACAUACUGGCCGUACAUGCAGGGCAGCUGCAGUGAGGCCGUGUACAUGAUCGGAAUGGAGCGCAAUAGUGAUAUUGUCAAGAUGGUUGCUUAUGCGCCUUUGAUGCAGCACUUUGAUUUCGUCUCUUGGUCGCCUACACUAUACGGGUUUAAUUCGGCCCCCGACUCUGUCACACCUUCGGUCUCAUAUUUUGUUCAAAAGAUGUUCGCAUCCAACAAGGGUGAUACCAUUCUUCCAGUUCACUCAUCAACAGGAUUUGGACCUCUUUACUGGGUGGCUUCGAAGACAGGUUCACAAUACUACUUGAAACUGGCAAACUAUGGCCCCGAACACCAGAACGUCAAAGUGAGUAUACCAGGAACCAGAUCUGGUAAACUGGAGAUGCUUGCUGGACCAAAGCACCAGGGCGACACGCCCUUCAACGUGAAGAUUCAAACCGUCACCACCAGCGUCUUCAAUGGGCAAGGGAAUUAUUCAAUAAGCAUGGAUCCAUGGGCUGUCGCUGUUCUAGCAGUCUCAUGA